GUGCUGUAACGUACAGAAUUGUAUGUCUCUCUGUGAUUUGGGUGGGCUGAUUGCAGACUGACAUGCAAACCGCUCUGUGAGCGCCAGCCCCUUUUUCCUCUCCAUGUUAAAUAUCCUAAUCAAUCGGGGCUGAGUAUUCAUCCGGCCCCCUCUCUCUUUCCCUUCUGUUCACCCCCUCCUUCCUUUUAUUAUUGGAGCCUGAUGUUUGGGUUAGGUUUUCGUCACGUGAACACCUGCUGUUAGUGAAAAAGGGAGAGCCAGCACGAUCUGAUAGUUUGUAGAUUCACAGGCAGCUUUGGAGUAAAGUCUGCAAAUCGGAAUUAAAAUACAUUUCCAGUGCUGCCUUUCGCUGGGGAAGAAGAAACAAAAGCCUCAAUUGCACUCUUCCAACUUUUACUCCGGAAGAGGCGAACAUCGUGUAAAGAAGAACAAAAAAUCGGCAGGAUUUUUUUCCCUCUGUCGUUGGCCCGGAUAUUUGCUGCACUAUUUUUAUCUUUGGGAUUUUUCAAGUCGAAGGACGUGGAGGGAAGAGGAGAAGCACAAUCGCAGUUGUUUGCUCUGUUUACAGUGGGAUUUGGUCACUGACUUAAAGGGGGUGGAAAAAACUUUUUUUUUACUGCAAAUCUGGCUCGCAUCCACUGGUGGAAAAUUAAACUCAAACAAUCCAGAAUCUUUAUGUUGCUCGUGAAAUAUAUCCAGGAAACCCUUAGAAAGUCCAAGAGCGUGAAGAGAGAAAGCAACGGCAGCAAGCUCCCGGCUUGCUAUGAGAUCGUAACGCUUUCGCUUGGUAAGAAGAUGGCUGCAGAGUUGUAUCCCUCCAAACACAGCAGCAAUAACAGUAGCAGCCUGCAAUCCAGCGAGAACAGCAACAACAGCAGUACCAGCUGCCCGAGCAACAAUCUCAGCGGUAGCAACUCCAAACGCAGCCUCCUGCUCCGCCAAGGCCAGGAUCAAAAUCUCAACAACAACCACAUCCACAACAGUAACUGGCAAUCCUUUUACCCUACCCUCCGCGAAAGAAAUGCGAUGAUGUACAAUAACGAACUGAUGGCCGAUGUGCAUUUUAUCGUAGGUUCUCCGGGAUCCACACAGAGAGUUCCAGCUCAUAAGUACAUUCUGGCAGUCGGCAGUUCCGUUUUCUAUGCCAUGUUUUAUGGAGAACUCGCUGAGGAUAAGCCCGACAUUCAUAUUCCAGAUGUGGAACCCGCAGCUUUCCUAAUUCUGCUAAAGUAUUUGUACAGUGAUGAGAUUGACUUGGAAGCAGACACAGUGCUGGCUUCACUGUACGCUGCCAAGAAGUAUAUUGUCCCGUAUCUGGCAAAGGCUUGUGUUAACUUCCUGGAGACCAGCUUGGAGGCAAAGAAUGCCUGUGUCCUGCUGUCCCAGAGUCGGCUCUUUGAGGAGCCUGAGCUGACCCAACGGUGCUGGGAGGUGAUUGAUGCCCAGGCAGAGCUCGCCCUGAGGUCAGAGGGCUUCUGCGAGAUCGAUCUGCAGACUUUGGAAAUCAUUCUGUCACGGGAGACACUCAACACCAAAGAGGUGGUGGUGUUUGAAGCCAUCGUGAGCUGGGCAGAGGCAGAGUGCAAAAGGCAAGGGCUCCCUCCCACUGCCCGGAACAAGAGGAGUGUGCUGGGCAAGGCUCUCUACAUUGUUCGGAUUCCCACCAUGACACUGGAGGAGUUUGCCAAUGGGGCUGCGCAGUGUGACCUGUUAACCCUGGAGCAGACCCACAACAUAUUCUUGUGGUACACGGCCCUGAAGAAGCCGCAGUUGGAAUUCCCCACCACUAAGAGGAAAGGCCUAGCCUCCCAACGGUGCCACCGCUUCCAGUCAUCAGCUUACCGCAGCAACCAGUGGAGGUACCGGGGCCGCUGUGACAGCAUCCAGUUUGCGGUGGACAAGCGUGUCUUUAUCGCCGGGCUAGGGCUGUACGGCUCAAGUUGUGGCAAGGCAGAAUACAGUGUCAAGAUCGAACUGAAGCGGCAGGGGGUAGUCCUAGCUCAAAACUUUACCAAGUUCAUAUCGGAUGGCUCCAGCACCACUUUCUCUGUCUGGUUCGAGCACCCGGUGCAGGUGGAGCAGGACACCUUCUACACUGCCAGUGCCAUCCUGGAUGGUAACGAGCUUAGUUACUUUGGACAAGAGGGCAUGACAGAAGUGCAGUGUGGGAAAGUGACAUUUCAGUUCCAGUGUUCAUCGGACAGCACUAAUGGCACAGGGGUACAAGGCGGGCAGAUUCCUGAACUUAUUUUCUAUGCAUGAACAAAAAAUGCUCAGACCUGCCUCUCUGAAACUAAAACAAAAGAUGUUCUGCAUCCAACUGCUGCUAACAGAAGGGAGCACAGCAAGGAUUCAGACUUCCUGCUGCUUCAACCGAUUAAUAUAUUAAACUCCACACGUGGUCCUAUUACAUCAAGAGUCAGGCAGAGUCAAACCAUCUUUAAAAUUUGAAGGAAUGUUUGAUUGUAAAUUAAUUUUAUUUAUUUAUAAUGCCUAGGCAGUUGUUAUUUGACUUACUGAAGCUGCAAUGGGCAGUGUUCAGUAGUGCACUCCUUUUUGUACAGAUGUGCUGUUUAAAGUGGCUUGAAGCUGACCAAUGAAUGACAUGUUUUAACACCUCCAGUGUACUUGCAAGUAAUGAACUGUACAGUAUAAAGAUUUUUACAUGGUUAGAUUUUAUCCUAAAGUUGUCUUUAUUACAGUUUAGGGAGGUACAGGAACAGAAAAGAUCACUGAUCAAAACGAUCACGUUCCAAACUAUGUGCUGUAGGAAUUAAUAGCUCUACAGAUUUUUGCAAAAGUGCUGUCCAACUAUCACUCAAAUAUGUUUUUACUUUCUUCCUCUAUACUUCAGUCUGAAAAUAAAAUUGCUGUAGUCCCAGAGGACCAUAGAGCGCUCUCCCGUUAGAGGGAAUGGACUGGUGAUUUAACCUGAGGGUCAUAAUUGAGAAGUCAGGACUUCCAUGGUAACCUCAUUCAGUUUGGGUCUGGAAUUUUCUGAAAAUACUAGGUUAGGAGCUAAACAGUUCCACUUCUCUGCUAAUUUGAGUAGCUAUUAACACAUUUCCCUCCUUCCUUCCAUCAAGCAUACCAGCCUGUAUGCAUGCAUUGGUGCUGUGCAAUACCACACCAGCAGAUUAAAGGAUAAUGCCAUGUUGUUGGAAGCAGUUAGUCUCCACUUGGUGAUAUGUACACUGGAUUGGUACUGGAGGCAUAUAUCACUAGCUACUAUCCCUGCUGCACCAAUGCCUUUCCCUCUCAGUAACCUGGCUUAAAGAAUUACACCAGUGCACUUUUUGGCAUUUUUGAGGUAAUAUUUCUUGAACCUGUUCUUGUGUAUAUAGGGUAAAGAGAAACCUGAGUGAGGUUUUAAGUUUGUAGUAAUCCAAAAAACAGGACUAGCCAAAAUGCCACUUAAUAUUUUGGAACAAUCCUCGAAAGUUUAGGCAAAUGAGGUAGUUUAAGUGACUAGCUCCCCUCUCCCACAGCUGACACCUUCAACCUGGGCCCACAGUUCAAAUGCAGCUCGGGUUGAUGCCAUCUAAUAACUGAGGCAGCCCAUGUGAUGGGAGCCCAGACCACAGCCAUUUGGCCCCACUAGCAGAAUGGUCAUACAAUCAACAUAAACUGGCAGUGUAGGAGGAAGUGAGACAACACUGGAGGGAUGCUGUUCUGAAGUUAGGGCUGAACAGAGCAAGCAAGUGCAGAGGGAGCUUUGAAGGGUCAGAUAUGGCAUUUUUAGUGCAAUGUUAACAGUAACUAGCAAAGUAAAACGGAAAAGUGUUCGACUCGCUGCUAAUGCUAUGCUGUCCAUUCUUGAGUUAAAGUUUGUUUCUCAGGGCUUUUUAACCUAUGACAGACAACUUCAAUUUGAAAUUGAACGUAUCUUUAAGUAGACUUUAGAACUGUAGAGAAAGGGCCUUCUGUAAAGGCUCCAUUAGUAUGAGUACCACCAGCAGGUGGAGCAAUGAGCGAGCUUGAGCAGAAACACAGCGCCACACCGGCAGCCAUUUUAUCGGUCACUUCAGCGUAUGGACAAGGUGGGGGAUCCCAGCAAGGGGAUAGAAGAAUAGUCCUGACUUCUGGAAGGGGCUCUCCCCAGUAGCACUGCAGCUGCACCAAAUGGUGACACAGCAGCAGCCAAGGAGAUCUACUCCAUGGACAAUGCUGGAGAGAAGAAUCUCCAUAUUGUCAUGCCCAGUCUGGUGACUUCAGCGUAUGUGCGUAUAGAUGCUCACUGCAGCCUGAUGCAGAAGGCUGAUGUUAAGACACAUGCCUGUGCAUGUAUGGGACAUUAUUUUGGCAUUACAGUCACUCAUUCUGUAAAAGCCAGCAGUUUCCAGGCCUAAAUCGCAGUUUGGAAUUUACUUCUGGUCUGCUUGUCGAGUCCAGUUAGGGCAGAAAGACGCAAACAAUAUUAUACAAGCACAGAGCCCAUGGAAGCAGCGCCUCCUCCUGAUAUAGAGACCUAGUAACAGGUUAUCAAACUGCUGGGAUAGUGGGGUAACAAACAAGGGAAUUAGAGGUAUUAAAAUAAACAGACUGCAAUCAACCAGUUGGUGCUAGGGAAACAAUGCUAUGUAUUAAAUGGACAAAGAGAAUAAAUCACAUUUUCACCUUA